UUUCCGUUUGAAGAAGAAGAUGAGUCCAAGGAUAGAGUUUCUCAAAACGACGGCGUUUUUCAUCUCGCCGGAGAAUCCCCGCGACAUGUCGGCGCUCGUCUCCCGAGCCGCUCUCCUCCUCUACCUCUUCACCUCCAUUACCCUCGUCGUUUACAUCUCCUUCUCGAACCGGCCUCACUCGUUCGUCCGGUUCACUUACCCGAACGUCGAAACGGGUCCCGAUUCCGGUUCGCCGCCGGAUGAUGAUUCCCCGACUAACAUCUCUCAUAUCCUGUUCGGCAUCGGCGGGUCGGCCAGGACGUGGGAAGAGCGACGCGCUUUGAGUUCGCUCUGGUGGGACGUGGAAUCCGUUCGCGGAUACGUCUGGCUCGACGAGAAGCCGCCGCCGGGUGACGGCGGUGACUCGUUGCCGUAUCGGGUGUCGAGUCCCGAAUGGAAACGGUUUAUGUAUUCGAGUUCCAGACCGGCGGUUCGGAUCGCUCGGAUAAUUUUGGAUAGUUUCAAUUUGAAGCUGCCGAAUGUGCGGUGGUUCGUGAUGGGAGACGACGAUACUGUGUUCUUCACUCAUAACAUAGUUUCUGCCUUAAGAAGAUACGAUCACCGUGAAAUGUGGUACAUCGGCGGGAUUUCGGAGAGCGUCGAACAGAACGUAAUGCAUGCAUACGACAUGGCGUUCGGCGGAGGAGGUUUCGCCGUGAGUUACCCCUUGGCGGAGAAAUUAGUCAAAGUAUUGGACGGUUGUCUUAACCGGUACUACUAUUUCUACGGCUCCGAUCAACGCAUUUGGGCUUGCAUUACCGAGAUCGGGGUCCCACUCACCAAAGAGCCAGGCUUCCAUCAGUUUGACGUUAGAGGGGAUGCGUAUGGACUGCUUGCAGCGCAUCCCAUGGCGCCACUGCUCUCAUUCCACCACGUUGAGGCCUUGGCACCCAUGUUCCCGAACAAGACCCGGACCGGCUCCUUGGAAGCCCUUAUCGAACCGUACAGGCUCGACCCUUACCGGAUCCUCCAGCAAAGUAUCUGCUACGACAACAAGAGGAAAUGGUCGAUCGCCGUUGCAUGGGGAUACACCAUUCAAAUAUAUCCAAAGCCGGUGGCCGCAUUCGACCUGCAUACCCCGCUGCAAACUUUCAAGACAUGGAGGAGUUGGAGCGACGGACCUUUCACGUUUAAUACUCGAAUCAUGCCGGUCGACCCAUGCGAACAGCCGGUCAUCUACUUCCUGGACCGGGUUGAGGAGGUUGGCUCGACUGGAACCCGGACCAGAUACAAGUUAGACACGUCGGGAAAAACCUGUAAUAAUACAGCAGUUUAUGCCCCGGUAAUGGCUAUCAAAAGCAUCAUAGUUACUUCGAUGAAGAUGGCUCCCGAUUAUUGGCAAAAGGCGCCCCAUCGGCAAUGCUGUGAGAUCAAGGAUAGAGGGAGCAAAAAGAAGGGAAGUAUGCUAAUUAGGAUAAGGAAAUGCAGACAAUGGGAAACGACUAGUAUUUAGUGGUACAUAGGCAGGGCAAUUUGUGUUGGUACUUCAUAUAUACGAGAAUAUGUUACUCGAACCCGGAUACACAGGUAUGUUCGAGAAUAUGUUACUCGAACCCGGAUACACGGGUAUGUUCGAGAAUAUGUUACUCGAACCCGGAUAUGCAGGUAUGUUCGAUUUUUCUAAGUUUCCCUCACAUAUUUAGAGGGUUAUUAUCCCCAUAUUCACGCCCUGAUACGCGGUUGGACAUAUGGGUCGGAAAAUGAAGAGCCG